AUGACCAGAAAUUCGGUUUACAGAGCACAGUGUCUGAGGGGAUAUUUUCCAGUUAUCCAGAAUCCCAUCCAGCACACCCUAUUACAUUUGAUUGUCAUGUCUCCUCGGACUCUUUUUGGCUGUGACAGUUUCUCAGAUUCUUUGUUUGAAGAUUACUGGUUUGAAGAGUACUGGUCUCGUGGGCUGCCUAAACUAAAAGAGUCACGUUCCCAUGAAUCCUUGCUGAGUCCAUGCAGUGCAGUGGAAUGUCUGGAUCUUGGUAGAGGGGAGCCCGUAUCCGUGAAACCACUCCAUAGUAGCAUUCUUGGACAAGACUUCUGCUUUGAGGUUACCUACUUAAGUGGAAGUAAAUGCUUCAGCUGUAACUCUGCUUCAGAGAGAGAUAAGUGGAUGGAAAACCUUCGCAGAACAGUUCAACCAAAUAAGGACAAUUGCAGGCGAGCUGAAAAUGUUCUUCGUUUAUGGAUCAUUGAAGCCAAGGACCUUGCCCCUAAAAAGAAAUAUUUCUGUGAACUGUGCCUUGAUGAUAUUCUUUUUGCUCGUACAACCAGCAAGACCAAAGCAGACAAUAUUUUCUGGGGCGAACAUUUUGAAUUUUACAGCCUUCCACCUCUCCAUAGCAUCACAGUUCACAUUUAUAAGGAUGUAGAAAAGAAGAAAAAAAAGGACAAGAAUAAUUAUGUAGGGCUAGUCAAUAUCCCCACAGCCAGUGUGACUGGUCGUCAGUUUGUAGAAAAGUGGUAUCCAGUGAGUACACCUACACCCAACAAAGGAAAGACUGGAGGACCUUCUAUUCGGAUUAAAUCACGUUUUCAAACUAUCACCAUUCUGCCUAUGGAACAAUACAAAGAAUUUGCAGAAUUUGUCACCAGCAACUACACCAUGCUAUGUUCAGUCCUUGAACCAGUAAUUAGCGUGAGGAACAAAGAGGAAUUGGCCUGUGCCUUAGUGCACAUCCUUCAAAGUACUGGCAGAGCCAAGGAUUUUCUGACUGACUUGGUGAUGUCUGAGGUGGAUCGUUGUGGAGAGCAUGAUGUGUUGAUCUUCAGAGAGAACACCAUUGCCACCAAAUCCAUUGAGGAAUACCUCAAGUUGGUGGGACAGCAGUAUCUUCAUGAUGCAUUGGGGGAGUUCAUCAAAGCUCUUUAUGAGUCAGAUGAGAACUGUGAAGUGGAUCCCAGCAAAUGUUCAUCUAGUGAACUGAUAGAUCAUCAGAGCAACCUGAAAAUGUGCUGUGAGCUGGCUUUCUGCAAGAUCAUCAACUCUUAUUGUGUUUUCCCUCGUGAACUGAAGGAAGUGUUUGCAUCAUGGAAGCAACAGUGCCUAAACCGAGGCAAGCAAGACAUCAGCGAAAGGCUCAUUAGUGCCUCAUUGUUUCUCCGUUUUCUGUGCCCAGCCAUUAUGUCUCCUAGUCUUUUCAACCUUAUGCAGGAGUAUCCUGAUGACCGUACAUCUCGGACUCUAACUCUUAUUGCAAAGGUCAUUCAGAACCUGGCCAACUUUGCCAAGUAGGUGUUGCUACCAUAAUCACAUUAAAGAAACAUUGUUUAAAAAACACAUGAGACCUAAAAUUUGGAUGGGGAUGAGGUGCUUCAUCACUCAUUAAAAGAUUUUCAUAGUGAUAUUAUUAAAAAUAAUAAAAA